AUGGACACAAUAACUAAUGGUAUCGAGCGACGAAGACGUAUCGUACAAGAUCAUUUAGUCAUUUGGUUAGAUGAGUCUAUGGACGAAACAAACAAAGAUUACAAACAUAUUUUGACACAAACACAAACCGUUGCCGACAAUGUCAACGUCUUUACACAGAGAGAUGAAUGCAUUGAUUUUCUUUCCGAUCGUGAAGACAUCAAAUCUUUUCUCGUUGUCGAUAACACGGUCGCUGAACAAAUUAUACCCCUCAUCGAUGAUAUUUCUCAGCUGGAUAGUGUUUAUAUCUUCACUGACAUUAAAAUCCAACAUGAAGAAUGGAAUAAAAAAUGGCCAAAAAUCAAAAGCGUUCAUAGCAACAUCGAUGACUUACCCAAAGCAUUACAAUUGGAUAUCAAGCAACACAAUCAAGACUCGAUAGCCAUGAGCUUUAUCACAGCAAAUGAAAUGGCUUCAACUGAUAAUUUAAAUCAGUUGGAGCCAACUUUUAUGUAUACCCAGAUAUUCAAGGAUAUUAUUCUUGGUAUGGAACAUGGUAAUCAAGCCAUCAAACACUUUACUGCUUAUUGUCGAAAUAAUAACAGCGUGUCCCAAAAAAAUAUUGACCGUUUUGAAAAAGAAUAUCAUGCUCAGUCCGCUAUUUGGUGGUAUACGUUCCCAUUCGAUAUCUAUUCCAUGCUCAAUUAUGGUCUUCGAAUAAUGGACGCUGAUAUAAUUAUUACUAUGGGUUUUUUUCUACGUUAUCUACAUGAACAAAUUCAACAGCUAUACGAGCAGCAAUUUAGCGCCUAUGGUGGAAAGUCUUUUGUAGUUUAUCGAGGACAAGGUCUUAUGAAAUCAGACUUCGAAAAACUUCAAAAAACUAAAGGUGGACUUAUAUCAUUUAACAAUUUCUUGUCCACCAGCAAAGAUAAAGAAGUGUCUCUCGAAUUUGCUCAAUGUGCCUCAACAAAACCAAAUACGGUGGGCAUUCUCUUUAUAAUGUUUAUUGAUCCUCGUAUCAAAUCAACACCAUUUGCCACUAUCAAAGAGAUGAGUCAUUUUAGAGGAGAAGAUGAAAUUGUCUUUUCCAUGCACACCGUCUUUCGAGUGAACGAAAUUAAACAAAUGGACAAUAACAAUCAACUUUAUCAAGUUGAACUACAAUUAACGUCGGAUGAUGACCAACAAUUACGAUUACUUACAGACAGGAUACGAGAAGACGCUGAUGGUGAUAAUGGAUGGGAGAGAUUGGGUGACUUAUUACUUCAAAUUGGUCAAUUUAAUAAAGCUGAAGAACUUUAUAACGUAUUACUCGAGCAGACAUCCGAUGCGGGUGAAAAAGUAAAUUAUUACGUUUGUUUAGGAUAUACUAGAAAUCAGCAAGGAGAUUAUGAAAAGGCUAUUUGGUAUUUCGAACAAGCACUUAAAAUUCAAGAACAAGAUCUUCCUUCAAAUGAUCCUUUAUUGGCUACUUCAUACAACAAUAUCGGUAAUGUGUAUGACAAAACGGGAGAGUAUUCAAAAGCACUUUCAUUUUAG